AUGUUAGGACCUUCUUGCGUUCUAGAUAGACAGCCUUCCAUGAAGUCAACGACGUCCUUACAAACAACAAAGUCUUUCAAGGCUUACAAUUCGUUUAAGCAUGUAGCCGGAAGCAACGUUGGUGUUGUUCCCCCCGAGGUAUUGGCUCUAGCGUCCAUGGACCUGACGUCGCUGAUGGAGAGGAAACGAAGACCGGCUUAUGUGAGGCUAUUACUUGAAUAUGAUCAGCUAGUAAAAGAAUACAAGAAAGGUCGAGCAUUCGACGGAUGGUCAGAAGGAACUCUACAAUUUGCACCAACCUAUAAGUACCAAGCACAUUCGGAUGAGUACACUGGGAGUGAUGGGAAGGCGACAAAGAGAACACCGGCUUGGUGUGACAGAAUACUAUCUUUUGGCAAAGGAAUGAGGUUGGUUCAAUACCGGCGUACCGAAAAUAAGUUCUCAGAUCAUCGUCCGGUUGUAGCAAUAUACAUGGCUGAAGUCGAGGUGUUUUCCGCGAGGAAGCUUCAGCGAGCUUUGACGUUUACGGAUGCAGAGAUUGAAGAUGAGGGACUUGUGGCCGUAAUCGUUUAAGUGAAUAAGAAG